CUUUUUCCUGUUUUUUACUUCUGCACUGUUUGAUUAUAGAAACCAGAAAUUAAGACAAAAAAAGGAAAGGAGACGGAAAAAGAAGAGGGGGGUUUUGUGGGGCUUUUGAUUUUUUUUCUUUCUCUAAGUAAAUAAAAGCAGAGUUUUUUGUGUCUAUAGCUUGAGUUGGAAAUUGCAGAGCAAUUACCCAGUCAUUGAAGAAGGUCUCAGAAGAAAAGCAUUUAUUGGUUUCAGAUGGCUUCCCAACGGCACCAAAAACCUCUGCUUUUAAUUCUCUUCCUAUCUAAUCCAACUUCCCAACAGAAAAUACUUGAUUCUCGAUAGUUUGCUUAUUUCUUGUUUUCUUUUUUCUGCAGAAAAUUAAGGUUAAAUGAUUCAAGUCUCUUCAAAUAGUAAUCAAGAAUGAUUUUUGAAGAAGCUCAUUUAGUUCUUAUAAUACUCACUUCAAUUUUCUUGAGAGCUCAUAGCCAUCAUAACUCAUCGAUCCCUUGCCAGAAUUCUUGUGGAAUCGGUAACUCAACCAAACGGGUUCCACACCCUUUUGGGUUUUCUGAUGGAUGCAAGAUCCGAUUAAAUUGCAAUCGAGAAACAGGGGAUGUCAAAAUCGGAGAAUUUAUAGUACAAAAUAUAACUCCAAGUGGAAUCUUUAUAUAUCUUCCAGCCAAAUGUAAUCGUUCUCUCGAAUCAAUCGAAUCUCUGUUUGGCCAUAAUUAUGCUCCAGCUUGGCGAAAUGGGUUACUUCUUCAAAAUUGCAAUAGUUCUUUGUCCACCUGUGUUAUACCGACGAGUUCGUUUUCAGAUCAGUUGCCAAUACAGAAUUGUGAUGCUAAAAGUGAUAACAUAAGUUGCUAUUCGAGGGAAAGAUCGGGAAUGGAUGUUUUGAAUUAUGGGAACUUAAGUUCUACUCAUUGUAAGUUCGUUUUCUCUUCGUUUGCUAUUGGGUCGAAUAGCCGGGUCAUCUCUCUCGAGUUCGAAAGAGUAGAGUUGGAUUGGUGGCUUGAAGGUUUCUGUAACAAUGAUUCUUGUUCACAUAAUGGGAAUUGCACUUCAGUCAAGUAUGAUCACGGGAAGGUUGGAUUCCGGUGCCGGUGUAAUGAUGGGUAUACCGGAGAUGGGUUCAAGGACGGUGAAGGUUGCCGGAGCGUAUCUGGCUGCAAUCCUUCAAAGUACAUAAAUGGCCAAUGUGGUGGAACAGCUAGAGUCGGUGUUCUUGUUGGAGGUGUUAUUGCUGGAGCUUUAUUAAUGUGUGGUUUGGCAUUUAUGUGUUACUUUAUCCGACGGCGUUCCACUUCUUUGAGAAACAGGUUGAGUGCAAGGCGACUUUUAUACCAAACUGCAGGCAACUCAAGUGUUCCUUUUUAUGCAUUCAAAGAAAUUGAAAAAGCUACUAAUGGCUUCUCUGAGAAACAAAGACUUGGAACUGGAGCAUAUGGUACUGUAUAUGCAGGAAAACUGCACAGUGAUGAGUGGGUUGCCAUAAAAAAGAUUCGUCAUAGAGAUACUGAUAGCAUUGAUCAAGUCAUGAAUGAAAUUAAGCUCCUUUCUUCUGUAAGUCAUCCGAAUCUAGUACGCCUGUUAGGAUGUUGCAUAGAGGAGGGUGAACCUAUACUCGUCUAUGAAUUUAUGCCUAAUGGAACUCUGUGUGAGCAUCUACAAAGAGAGAGAGGCAAAGGGCUUCCAUGGACAAUAAGGCUCACCAUUGCUGCUGAAACUGCUAAUGCUAUUGCCUAUCUGCAUUCUGUAAUGAAUCCGCCAAUUUAUCACAGAGACAUCAAAUCUAGCAAUAUACUGUUGGAUUACAACUACAAGUCAAAGGUUGCUGAUUUCGGUCUUUCUAGACUUGGAAUGACGGAGUCAUCCCAUAUAUCAACUGCACCACAAGGGACUCCAGGCUAUCUUGAUCCUCAGUAUCAUCAAUAUUUCCAUCUUUCUGACAAAAGCGAUGUUUACAGUUUUGGAGUAGUUCUUGUAGAGAUCAUAACAGCACUAAGAGUCGUUGAUUUUUCUCGACCUCACAGUGAGGUAAACUUGGCUGCACUUGCUAUUGAUAGGAUAGGUAGAGGUUGCGUGGACGAGAUAAUAGAUCCACACCUCGAUCCGCAUAGGGAUGCUUGGACAUUAUCAUCCAUACAUAAUGUAGCUGAGCUUGCAUUUAGAUGUCUUGCUUUUCAUAGGGAUAUGAGGCCUAGUAUGAUGGAAGUAGCUGAAGAGUUAGAGCACAUUAGGCUUAGUGCUUGGGUUCCAAAUAUGUACACAGCCUCACCGGCAGCUUCCUCUUGCUCAUCACCGGACAAUGGAAGUGAGAAGUCGCUGAGUGUUAUUUCAAUUAAGAAGGCAGCGGUAGUGAGCCGGAGAUUGCUUGUUCCUCAAAGGGCAGCAGAUUGUUUGACUUCAUUGGAAGAAGUUAAAGAUAGCUCCCCUGUUUCUGUUCAAGAUCCAUGGUUAAGCGAACAGAGUUCACCUUCAACAAAUAGCUUGUUGGGUAAUGCAGUUCAGUGACAAAAAGGCUGAUUUUUUUGUGUGCUUGACUUCAAAUACUUUAUUAUGUGAAUACAAUUGAAGUAUCUUAUAGUGUUUUUUUUCAUUACUUACUGUUUUUAUAGAUCUUUGAUAGAUAUAUAUGUAAAUCUUUGUAUUUCGACCUAUUAUCUCUCGUUUUCUUUUCGCAUAAAAUGUUGACAAUAUUGAAAAGAGAGAAAAAAAAAAGAAAAAAAAAAGUUAUUCUGCA